UGGUUAUCACGUGUCAAGAUAAGACAGGAAAACAAGGAAGGCGUGUUGCUCGAUGGCAGGGUAGAGGAGGAAGUGUAGGCGUGCACAGUCAGCAUGCAAAUCUUUGGCCCGUCACGCAUUUCUUAACUCUUCCUGUUUUGCUUGCGCUCACUUUGGUUGUUUUGUCUUGAGCGUUGCGGUUAAGGCAGCCGCUCGCUGAUCAUCUGAUUUGUUUGAUUUAUGAAGAUGGCGCUGAUUGGGGUUGCUAUUUUGUUUGCUGCCAUUCCUGUGAGCUACUGCUAUCCUUACGUCUUCCAAGACCUGGAUGGAGGCCGCACCAACAGAACCUCCAUUAAGUUCCUUGCUUUAGGAGACUGGGGUGGUGUGCCUUACCCCCCCUACAUGACUGCAGUGCAGAAGUCUACCGCUCGCGAGAUGAGUAAGAUAGCGGAGCAGAUGGGAACGGACUUUGUUCUAGCCCUUGGUGAUAAUUUCUACUUCAAAGGUGUGGACAGCGUGGACUCCCCCAGAUUUAAGGACACGUUUGAGGCCGUGUACACGGGCAAGCCUCUCAACGUGCCCUGGUUUGUACUAGCUGGCAACCACGACCAUGCAGGGAACGUCAAGGCCCAGAUUGAGUACUCCAAGAAGUCUGCAAGAUGGAAUUUUCCUUCCUACUACUAUGAACUGGACUUCCGCAUCCCCAACACGGACAAACUGCUGACCAUCAUUAUGCUGGACACGGUGAUGCUAUGCGGGAACUCUCUCGACUUUGCGGAUGAGAAGCCCAGAGGCCCCGUCCGUGCGGUGGACGCCAACCGUCAGGUGACGUGGCUGCAGGAGAGGCUGGCUCGGUCUAAAGCCGACUUCCUCCUGGUGGCCGGUCACUACCCUGUGUGGUCGGUGUCCGAACACGGGCCCACUGAGUGUCUCCAGCAGAGGGUUCGCCCCCUCCUUCUUAAACACAACGCCACCGCCUACUUCUGUGGCCAUGACCACAAUCUGCAGUACAUCGAGGAGUCAGGAGUGGGCUACGUAGUUAGCGGCGCUGGAAACUUCCUGGAUCCAGAUGUCCGACACUGGAACAAAGUACCCAAAGGUUCUGUGAAGUUCUUCACUGGACAAGCUUCGACUCUGGGAGGUUUUGUGCAUGCAGAAGUCACCAAGAGCAAAAUGAUCCUCACCUUCUACCAGGCUAAAGGCACUUCUCUCUAUCGCACGGUGCUCUCGAAAAGGAAUAUUAACUAGACUCUUUUUUUUUUAUGCCUGAUAAAGCUUAAGCUUUUUGCCGAAAUGUGGCAUUAAUAUAUUUUUUAACUGUUUUUUAGUUGUGUAGUGGAAACAAAUAAACAUUAGGUUUAAAGAUCAAGGAAAUCAAUCUGAAAUUUAAAAUUCUGAUUUUAAUUUCUUUGACAUUUGACUGAAUUUUAUAGCACGGUGAAAUUAUGACUCAGGUGAGGUUUGUACAGUGGAUGCCUUGUAUGCAGUUAGGUCAAAAACAAAACAAAAACAGACUCAAUCUAGCAACUGCUUUAAAUUAUUUGCAAAAGGAAAAAAAUAAAGGGUAUUUAUGUGAUUUUUUUGUGAGCAUUACAUCACUUUAAUCACAAGGGUUGUAGUGUAAUGUAAAAACAUUCUCUAAUGAGCAGGAAAGGCUAUCAGUUCUUUCCCACUUAAUGUACUGUAUAUACUGUACACGAUGUUAAAUAAAAUAAAUCUGUUUGAGGUCACAUUGUCAAAGUACAAUAAUGAAUAAGCGUUCUUUUUUUAGUAAGCCCUACGCUGUUUUGCACCUACAGAUUUAAUGGGAAUGAGUAGUUUGUCCAUUUACCGUAACUUAUAUUUAUUGGUUCCAGAAACGACCGUAAGUGAAUUUCUGCUAAGUAUAGUUUCUUGUUUCUAAAUGUAAUAUUUUCAUAGAGCUGUUUAGGGCCUUCUUAAAAAUGCUUUUUUUAACAUUACAAAAGUCCUCUAAACAUUAAAUAACACACCCUUGUCGUCACCUGUGCACUUGUAUUACCCGAUAAAUUAGCCAUUAGCCAUUAGCCAUUAGCCAAAACCGCUACAGUGCUAACAUUUUAACUACACAACAUGCUAGGUUAGCCUUUUUGCUGGACAAAAACAGAAUUGAACUUACUCUUUCCAUGUCUGUUGCUGUCUGACAAGUAGUUGGCGGAGCUUCAUUUUUUAUUUUAAGAUGUGCGGAGAAACCUUUAUUUUAAUUUUUUUAAAAAGGGAGGAAUAUCGACUAAAACAUUUGACCCAUUACCCAAGUUGUCACGUGUAACGUGCAAUUCUCUAACAAAACGCUAGGGGACAGUGUUUUCUUUAAAGUGUGAAAGUGAGCAACCACAUGUUUCCUGUAUAUAUAAUAAUAAUAGCAACCAGGGACACAAAUUGAAUAGGACUGUCAUUUCCGGAUUCACUUCCGUAUUCUUUUUAUUAUUAUUAUUAUUAUUAUUAAAGACAUGACAUGGCAGCAAAAUCAACACACCAACUUUACAAUUGUGUGGAAAAAUGUUUGCCUCCUUCCAUCUUUUAUUUUUGCAUGUUUGUCACAAUUAAAUGUUUCAGAUUAUCAAAUAUAAAUAUUAGUCCAUGACUACACAAUUGAACACAAAAUGUGGUUUUUAAAUGGAAGUUUUUAUUAAAACUCCAAACUUACAUGUCCUUUUGUGAAACCCCCCUAAACUAAUAAUUGGUUGGCCAUGCUUGGCAGUAACAACUGCAAUCAAGCAUUUGCAUAACUUGCAAUUAGUAUGAAUGGUUGUUUGUCUAUAUGUGCCCUGCUAUUGGAUCAGUUGCAUUUCUGCAACCCGAGUGAGCAUAAGCGGCAUAGAAAAUUAAGAGAUGGAUGGUUAGGCCACCCUUAGCAGCAACAACUGCAAUCAAGCAUUUGCGAUAACUUGCAAUGAGUCUCAAACAGCGCUGUGGAGGAAUUUGUGCUUACUUAUCUUUGCGGAAAAACUAUAAAACGUGUUUUGUGUUCACAUUUUUGUCUUUCUAGAACAGAUGAAUUAGAUAUAUAUUACUUUAGAUGAGACAAAUUGAUUUGGUUGGAGUCUGACGUUUUUAUGACGAAUAA